UUCAUACUUGCAAUUAAAUUGGCUCCAAACCUCUCUCUGCAGCAACUAACUUAUCCUUCUUUCUUCUGAUUCCGACACUUCCCAAUGUUCCAAAUUGUCAACAUGACAGAGACAGAGGAGAAAGCCAUCGUGACGUGGCGCAACAUCCCAAACCUCAAAUCCUCCUUCAACGACGUCGUUCCAUUCUGCCACCGCAAACCGCUCCCAAACGACGCCGUUCCCAUUUUCACCACCGACAGUGGCCUCCGCUGUAAAUUCGCGAGCGUGUCAGUGGCAGAAAGGAAAUCCGGCAAGGAAUUCACGCCGACGGCGACUCAGCUUUUGAAGCACCCACUCGCCGUGGUCGCAUUCGUGCCUAAAGAUGUUGCCUUGUUUCUCGCCGGAGCCAUCGCCGGCGCCGCUGCGAAAACCGUCACGGCACCGCUCGACCGCAUCAAGCUCCUCAUGCAGACUCAUGGCGUCCGAGUUGGACAAGAAAGUGUUCAGAAAUCGAUUGGUUUAAUUGAGGCCAUAACCGUAAUAGGGAAGGAAGAAGGCAUUAAAGGUUAUUGGAAGGGCAACCUCCCCCAGGUGAUUCGGGUUAUACCUUAUAGUGCUGUCCAGCUUUUUGCUUAUGAAAUUUACAAGAAAAUAUUCAAGGGGAAAAAUGGCGAGCUCUCUGUUGUGGGGAGACUUGCAGCUGGUGCUUUUGCUGGCAUGACAUCAACUUUUAUAACAUACCCAUUAGAUGUCCUGAGAUUAAGAUUAGCUGUUGAACCUGGUUAUAGAACAAUGUCAGAGAUUGCCUUGAGCAUGCUAAGAGAGGAAGGAUUUGCAUCUUUCUACUAUGGCCUUGGGCCAUCUCUGAUUGGAAUAGCUCCAUAUAUUGCAGUGAACUUUUGUGUUUUUGACUUAUUAAAGAAAUCAUUGCCAGAGAAAUAUCAAAAGAGAACUGAAACAUCUCUAAUCACUGCCGUUCUCUCCGCAUCUCUUGCCACACUUACAUGCUAUCCUUUGGACACAGUGCGAAGACAGAUGCAAUUGAAGGGUACACCUUACAAGACAGUAUUAGAUGCCAUUACAGGUAUUGUGGCACGGGAUGGAAUUAUUGGUUUGUAUCGAGGGUUUGUGCCCAAUGCUUUGAAAAACCUACCAAAUAGCAGCAUCAGGCUUACUACAUAUGACAUUGUCAAACGCCUAAUUGCAGCUAGUGAGAAGGAGUUAGAAACAAUUACCGAGGAAAACCGCAACAAACAAAAGAAAAACCAAUAGUCAAUGAUAGUGAAACUUACGAUUCAUAUUGUUUUAGCCAUUCUUUCCCCGCUGAAAUUUUGCGGUAAUUGCUUGAGCUAGCCAAACUGUUAGCUGUUAGGAGCAUAUAUCAGCAGAAAAUAUUUUGUAACUCGGCUGUAAAUUUUGCAGGACACAAAUUUGUGCAAGUUUCUGUAAUACUAUAUUCUUUGCCUUAAUGUAUCUUACCCGUAAUUUUUUGUAGAGGAUUUGUAUUUUCCAAAUUGAAUGGUAAUAUAAAAAAAAAUUGAAUGUCAAGGUAAAUUCUUUU